GCCGAGCCCGUCGCUUGCAGCGUCUGGGAGGCGCUAGGCCCCGGCGAGGGGGGGCGGCCGCGAGCCCCGAGCCCUGGAGGCGGGAGCAGGAUGAGCCAGCCGCCGGCCGAGAAAAUGUCUGGCAGCGCGGAGGUAGUGCCCUGGGACUGGGCCUUCGCGAACCGCCAGCGGCUGCUGGAGGCCCUGCUCUGGGACCCCCGCUCCCCCAUCUACGUGGAGAGCCUCCUGGAUGGUAUAACUUCCUUGUACUUUGAUCUGAAUUUUCCUGCUCUGAGGAAAAACAAGAAUAUAGACAAUUUCUUAAUUAGAUAUGAGAGAACUGUGACAAAAAUUGGAUGCCUACAGAUGAAGGCAGAAGAUUUUGAUGUUAUUAAAGUAAUUGGAAGAGGUGCUUUUGGUGAAGUUCAGUUGGUUCGUCAUAAAGAGUCACAGAAUGUUUAUGCCAUGAAGCUUCUUAGUAAAUUUGAAAUGAUAAAAAGAUCAGAUUCUGCUUUUUUUUGGGAAGAACGAGAUAUCAUGGCCUUUGCUAAUAGUCCCUGGAUUGUUCAGCUCUUUUGUGCCUUUCAAGAUGAUAGAUAUCUUUAUAUGGUAAUGGAAUACAUGCCUGGUGGAGACCUUGUAAACCUUAUGAGUAACUAUGACGUACCUGAAAAAUGGGCCAAAUUUUACACAGCUGAAGUUGUUCUGGCUUUGGAUGCAAUACACUCCAUGGGUUUAAUACACAGAGAUGUGAAACCUGACAACAUGCUUUUGGAUAAAAAUGGACAUCUGAAAUUAGCAGAUUUUGGCACUUGUAUGAAAAUGGAUGAAACAGGCAUGGUACGUUGUGAUACAGCAGUUGGAACACCUGAUUACAUAUCACCUGAAGUUUUGAAGUCACAGGGUGGUGAUGGCUACUAUGGACGAGAGUGUGAUUGGUGGUCUGUAGGUGUUUUCCUUUUUGAGAUGCUUGUUGGGGAUACUCCAUUUUAUGCAGAUUCACUUGUGGGAACAUAUAGUAAAAUUAUGGAUCAUAAAAAUUCACUCAAUUUCCCAGAAGAUGCAGAAAUAUCCAAGCAUGCAAAAAAUCUCAUAUGUGCUUUCUUGACCGACAGGGAGGUGCGACUUGGGAGAAAUGGGGUAGAAGAAAUCAAACAGCAUUCUUUCUUUAAAAGUGAUCAGUGGAAUUGGGAUAACAUAAGAGAGACUGCAGCUCCAGUAGUACCUGAACUCAGCAGUGACAUAGAUAGCAGCAAUUUUGAUGACAUUGAAGAUGAUAAAGGAGACGUGGAAACCUUUCCAAUUCCUAAAGCCUUUGUGGGAAACCAGCUGCCUUUUAUAGGUUUUACCUACUAUAGUGAAAAUUUGUUGUUAGGUGACUCUCCUUCAUCCUGUACAGAAAAUGAUUCAGUACAAUCAAGGAAAAAUGAGCAAUCUGUACAGAUUCAAAAAAAAUUAUACUUACUAGAAGAACACCUCAAAAAUGAGAUACAAGCCAAAGAGGACCUGGACCAGAAGUGCAAAUUGGUUAACACUCGACUAGAGAAGAUAACAAAAGAACUAGAAGAAGAGGUUACCUCAAGAAAGAAUGUAGAAUCUGCAUUAAGACAAUUAGAGAGAGAGAAAGCUCUUCUUCAACACAAAAAUACAGAGUACCAGCGGAAAGCAGAACAUGAAGCAGACAAAAAACGGAAUCUAGAAAACGAUGUUAACAGCUUGAAAGAUCAGCUUGAAGAUUUGAAAAAAAGAAAUCAAAACUCUCAAAUAUCUAAUGAAAAAGUCAAUCAGCUCCAGAGACAAUUGGAUGAAGCCAAUGCUUUGCUGCGAACUGAGUCUGAUACUGCGUCCAGGUUACGGAAAAACCAGACAGAAAGUUCAAAACAAAUUCAGCAGCUGGAAUCUAAUAAUAGGGAACUACAAGACAAAAAUUGCACGCUAGAGAAUGCUAAACUGAAACUUGAAAAGGAUUUCAUCAAUCUUCAGUCAGCUCUAGAAUCUGAAAGGAGAGAUAGAACCCAUGGAUCAGAGAUCAUUAAUGAUUUACAAGGUAGAAUAUCUGGUUUGGAAGAAGAUAUUAAGAAUGGUAAAAUUUCAUUAGCAAAAAUGGAGUUAGAGAAGAGGCAACUACAGGAGAGAUUUACAGAUUUAGAAAAGGAAAAAAGUAACAUGGAAAUAGACAUGACAUACAAACUGAAAGUUAUACAGCAGAGCUUGGAACAGGAAGAAGCAGAACAUAAAGCUACAAAAGCACGGUUAGCAGAUAAGAAUAAGAUAUAUGAAUCUAUUGAGGAGGCCAAGUCUGAAGCUAUGAAAGAAAUGGAGAAGAAACUCCUAGAGGAAAGAACUUUAAAACAAAAGGUGGAAAACCUUCUGUUGGAAGCUGAAAAAAGAUGUUCAAUGUUGGACUGCGACCUCAAACAGUCCCAACAGAAAGUCAACGAACUCUUGAAACAGAAGGACAAACUAAAUGAAGAUGUCAGGAACUUGACCUUAAAAAUAGAGCAAGAAACUCAAAAGCGCUGCCUCACACAAAAUGACCUGAAGAUGCAAACACAGCAAGUCAACACACUGAAAAUGUCUGAAAAACAAAUGAAACAAGAAAAUAAUCAUCUUAUGGAAAUCAAAAUGAGUCUGGAAAAGCAAAAUAUCGAACUUCGGAAAGAACGACAAGAUGCAGAUGGACAAAUGAAAGAGCUCCAAGAUCAGCUCGAAGCAGAACAAUAUUUCUCAACUCUCUAUAAAACACAAGUUCGAGAGCUUAAAGAAGAAUGUCAAGAGAAGACCAAGCUUUGCAAAGAAAUGCAGCAGAAGAGCCAGGAAUUACAGGAUGAGAGGGACUCCCUGGCUGCACAACUGGAGAUCACCUUGACAAAAGCUGAUUCAGAGCAGCUAGCCCGUUCUAUUGCUGAAGAACAGUACUCUGAUUUGGAAAAAGAGAAGAUCAUGAAAGAGCUGGAAAUUAAAGAGAUGAUGGCUCGACACAAACAAGAACUUGCAGAAAAAGAUGCUACAAUAGCAUCUCUCGAGGAGGCUAAUAGGACACUAACUAGUGAUGUGGCUAAUCUGGCAAAUGAGAAAGAAGAACUGAAUAAUAAAGUCAAGGAAGUCCAAGAGCAAAUGUCAAAGUUGAAAGAUGAAGAAACAAAUAUAUCAGUUAUUAAAACGCAAUUUGAGAAGCAACUAUUAAAUGAGAGAACACUAAAAACUCAGGCUGUGAAUAAAUUGGCUGAGAUUAUGAAUCGAAAAGAACCUCCCAGGCGUGGUGCUGACACAGAUGUGAGGAGGAAAGAGAAAGAGAACAGAAAGCUACAUAUGGAACUUAAAUCAGAACGUGAAAAGUUAACUCAACAGAUGAUCAAAUAUCAAAAAGAACUCAAUGAAAUGCAAGCUCAAAUAGCUGAAGAAAGCCAAAUUCGAAUUGAACUGCAAAUGACUCUGGACAGUAAAGACAGUGACAUUGAACAGCUUCGAUCACAGCUCCAGGCCUUACACAUUGGUCUAGAUAGUUCCAGUAUAGGCAGUGGACCAGGGGAAGCUGAGGCAGAUGAUGGGUUCCCAGGUACAGAAUCAAGAUUAGAGGGAUGGCUUUCAUUGCCUGUACGAAACAACACUAAGAAGUUUGGAUGGGUUAAAAAGUAUGUGAUUGUAAGCAGCAAGAAGAUUCUUUUCUAUGAUAGUGAACAAGAUAAAGAACAGUCUAAUCCUUACAUGGUGUUAGAUAUAGACAAGUUGUUCCAUGUCCGGCCAGUCACACAGACAGAUGUUUAUAGAGCUGAUUCCAAAGAGAUUCCAAGGAUAUUCCAGAUCCUGUAUGCUAAUGAAGGUGAAAGCAAAAAAGAACAAGAAUUUCCCGUGGAACCAGUUGGGGAAAAGUCAAACUGCAUUUGCCACAAAGGACAUGAAUUUAUUCCCACUCUUUAUCAUUUCCCAACCAACUGUGAGGCCUGUAUGAAGCCACUUUGGCACAUGUUUAAACCUCCACCUGCUCUUGAGUGUCGCCGCUGCCAUAUCAAAUGCCAUAAAGACCACAUGGACAAAAAGGAGGAAAUCAUAGCACCUUGUAAAGUAUACUAUGACAUUUCAUCGGCAAAGAAUCUGCUGUUGUUAGCCAAUUCUACAGAGGACCAGCAGAAGUGGGUCAGUCGGUUGGUAAAAAAGAUACCCAAAAAGCCCCCAGCACCAGAUCCUUUUGCUCGGUCAUCUCCUAGAACUUCUAUGAAGGUACAGCCCAACCAGUCUAUAAGACGGCCAAGUCGACAGCUUCCUCCAAGCAAACCAAGUUCUGGCCCUCCCCUUCGAAUUAUUCUUCAUUGACUUUUUUUUGUACAUUUUGUCAUAACACUAACUGCCUUCUGUGAAUGCAGUCACUAUCCAUGGUGAUCAUUUUCUGCCUGCUAUGAACAAGACUGAAAUGUGAUAUCCCCAAAUUUAUUAAAUGAAAGAAAGAAGCUAUAUUUUCCUGAGAGAUCGAUAUAUAUAUAUAUGUAUAUAUAUACACACAUACACACACAUAUACAUACAUACACACACACAUACAUAUAUGUGUGUGUGUGUGUAUUUAUAAAUCAGUGGUUUACUUUUUGGGGGGACUGCAAUAUAAAUCAGUAAUCUUGGAGAGGUUUCCUCAGAUCUUUUAAGGUGACUGAUUAAACCAAGAGUCAUUGGUAACAGAAUAAAGACACUGUAGGAAUACCUCCCUCCAAAGUCUUGUUCUACAAAACUCUGUUGGACGACACUACAUUUCACAAGAGGACUGAGAAGAGUUGAAAUAAAAGCGAUUAUCGUUCAGCUUCACUGGAGAGAUUUCACCAGCAUAUUAAGGUUACCAGAAGAAUUGAGGAUUGGGAAAGAUUCUACCAUAGUGGUAUAUAUAGACUGAAUCCUUAAGAAGUGACCAUUAUACUGUGUGUGUAUAUAUAUAUAUAUAUAGUACUGUAAUACUUCAAGAGGAUUUUUAAGACUUUCCACUUUAUUUUUUAUACACAUUGAUCAGAUACCAUUACUUAUUGCAGUUGCAACUAUGCACUUGUAUAAAGCCAUAAUGUUGAAGUUGAUAUUAUUCAUUCAUAUAUAUAUAUAUAUAUAUCUCCAAAAAAGCUGCAUGUCAGUGUGUUUGAGCAGUUAAUGUAAUGAAAACGUUGAAGUUAAUCAUAUCAAUUUAAUAUUGCUUCAUGAUGGACAACCCUACUUUGCCAUUUGAAUGCCUUAAUUUAAGUUCUUUACUUCCACCUCCCUUCCUCUGCCCCCCCCCCCAGUCUCAGCCCACUCUCUGUAUUUAAAAUGAUAAAGGAAAACAAAUGUUUACCAGCUCUUAGAAUACAAAUUUGCUUUGUGGAAGAAAAAUAGAGCACUAUUUUUACACAUAAUACUUAUAGCAAUUUCAGUCUAUUUUGAAUGUAUAGUGAAUGGGUUUUGUGUUUUUGGCAGGAAAGCAUUGGUUACCAGGAAUAAUAAUUGAUAGUAUGAGAACUAAGAUAACUUCAAUGUGUACUGGUAAUUUUUCAUCCAGCCCUUUUUACAAACCUCAGUAUUAUUCAGUGACUUGGUAUUACUCUCAUUAAGUGCUAUGAAGCUUUGUUUGCCUUGUUUGUGUCCUGGCUCAGUUUUGUUGUUUUGUUUUUGUAGGGAGAAGGGGGGGCAGUCAUCUCUACCUUUUACAUUUUCACACACAAUACAAGUAUUCAAGAGUUAUCACAAACUUUGAAAAAAACUAAAACAUACUGUGGAUAUAUCGUAAAUUUUUCUAUACUGUUCUCAAGGACAUGGCUGUAUGUAUUAUUUCAGUUGUGUGCUAAUGAGAACUGAUACCUGGGAAGAAGGGGCCUAAAAGCACUAAAUUGAAUUUAUUUUUUAAAUUCAAUCUUGUAUAAAAAUAGAAUUUUGAGGGCUCAUUUAUUUUGUAUUCAUCACCACCCCAGAAAAUUGCAUGUUGUAUACAACUACAGUAUGCCAGAAUGUUAAAGAUAUUUAGAGUAAAGAAAUUAUGUACCUUCUAACUGGUUGGUCUCUAUAUCUCUAGAUAUAUAUAGAUUGUAUAUUAUAUCUAUAUCUAUCUAUAUCUAUAGAGAGAGCGUGUGAUAAUUAAAAUAUAUCACCCAACAUUUCAAUGAAGGAAGUAGACAUUUCAUUGUUCCUUUCUCUAGGGACAACAUAGAAAUGUUUGGAAAAUUAGGACCACAAUUAUAAAAUACUAUCAUGGGAAGCUGAAGGUGGCCUUUGGCCUAUCAUUGUAUGAAAACUAAAUUCUCUCUCUUCUCUUCUCCCACCCCCUUCCUCUCACCUUUAACAGAAUCGAUUUAUUGAAUAUGCACUCUUUCAUGUUCGCUGUGAACCCUUAAAACUAGAAUGUGCAUGCCACUUCAUUUUCAAAUAUUGGUUUGUUGCAAUCUAGUUUUAAAGCACAGCAUGUUUUUUAAAGCGUGAAAAAAAUAUAUAAAAUUUAUAUAGAGUAAAUAUUUCCAUUCAUUAGACUUGUUUAAAUGAGACUGAAUGCAUAAAUAUUUUAUAUAAAGAUUUUGUUACAUUGUGGGAAGUUCUAUCCUAUUAUUCUGAAUUGGAGAGAAUAUAUAAAUAUAUAUAUUUUUUAAUAAACUGUUUUAAGGUGAAAUAGUUUUAAGUUUACACAUGGUAAUUGAAAUAUUUGAAUAUAGAAGGCAAAAGUGGGUGUUAAAAAGUAAACUUUGGAAGAUGUAAGUAAUUGAGAGUAUGAAGAAUCAUGGCAUCUCUUCCAUAUGAGGGGAAACAUGAAAUUUCUCAAAAUUAGAUAAUUUGCUAAGAAAAAAAAUUCUCUCCCAUGGAGAUUUUCUACAUUUCAUUUUAUUGACAUAGUCAAGGUUUAUGAGGUUGGUUUCCCAUUUCAAACAAUAAUUUUUCCCCUAAUUAUUAUUCCCGCUUCAGGUAAGAAUUUGCCAUUUUCCCCUUUGUAACCUUAAAUAAUGCUCUAUGUAUGCAUGUACCUAUUCAAAUGCAAUCUCUUCAGCAUAUUACAUUCCCUUGGCAUAGAUACCUAAUUGUGCCAAUCUCCAUUUUCAUACUGUCCUGGCAAGUCCCCAAAUUAAACAUUCUGUGGAUUAUUCCACUUCACACCAUUCAGAUUAAAAUAUUUUUAAGUUCAAAAACAGCUUAUCCAUAAUGCCUGCUGCAUUUUGUCAGGCAAGACCUCUAUCAUAGACACAAAUAUUUCCUGUGGAUGUAGGAGUAAAGAAAUGCCACGUGGAAGAGGAAUCAUACCAUUAUCAUCUUUAUCUGUAGUGCCAGUGAUUUUACUGCAAAUUUAAAGUACACACCAAAUAAGUAUUUCUUUUAUCCAUCAGAAAGUAAAGGGGCCUGGGGUCAACUGAUGAAUAUAUAGGCAUGCCAAUAAAAAUAAAAUAAAGGGUAGCCUAUAUAAAAGCUGAGCCAUAGUAAUCUUCAGUGACUCAAUUUUUAUGACCCUAUACCUAACUAAAAAUUCUUAACAAUACAUAAAAUGGGCAGCCAAAUUACAUUUUAGGAAAGAAUGCUGCUGUUGAUGAUCAAGCCUUUUGCUAUCCUUUGUAGGAAAAUGGAGAUAAUUAUAAACAAUGCAUUGACUUAUUGAUACUUGCUUAAACAUUAGAUUCUAUAAAUAUUUCUCAUGCCUGAGGUGCACUGGUCCAGUGAUCAGAGCAGAGCCAGGUACAUCUGAAUUUAUAAAUUAGUUUGGAUACUAGCAUUUGGCUCCAUACACUUGCCUUAGAAUUUUUGCAAAGUUUUUGGGCCUCCCUAAAUCCCCAACUGUGUUGUGAGGAUACUGUAGAACAUUUUGUAAAGCACUUUGAAGAAGCACUGAGAUGUUAUGCCAGAGGGUUUACUCUUGUCUUCCAUCUGCCCCUCAUCUACAAAUUUUAUUGGGAAUGGUUUUGAAUGAAUUAUGAAAUGCACAGCUUACAUAGUCAUUACACAAAUAUUUUUUUCCUUUUAAACACCAAACAAAAAAAAAGAAUCGUAGCCCCUGGAUUUAACUUCUGGAAACUUUUGUCGCAUCAUCUUUGUAGCAUUGUGAUUGUAUCCUAUGCCUGCUUUUGAAAAGAAAAUUAAAUAAAAGGAAUUGAGAAGUAUGCAUUUUCAUACUUUUCCUGUGAAAAUACAA